AUGGCGCUCUCCAUGAGACACGAAGGUAUAAAGCAAGUACCAUGGUUUUCUCUGUAAGUAUCAAAGUUAUCAAAGAUUUUUCUAUUUUAAGAUGUUCGAUUAAAAGUUACAUUCACGUUAUAUAGCACAGAAUGGCAUCAAGUGUACAAACAGAUUUAUUCUAACGAUGUUAACCAACAGAAUAAAGGUUAUGAAAUGCUGCUUGUCUGGCAAGCUAGGAUACCAAAAUUACCAGUUGGCGUUGAUUGCACUCUUUCAAUUAUGCAAGUGUGUGCUAGAGACCACGAAUGGACUCUCAAAAUUAACAAUGGCGAAUUGCCAAUCAGUUAUGAGAAUGAUUUGCGUUUAAUGUAUUCAACUACGAUAAUGAGACUUUUAAACCAUAUAUCUAACAUAGGACACACAAGGCAAACGUCCUUGUUUCAGAUAGCUAAGCAGCUUAAUAUUCCUGAAUGGAUAGUGAAUUUGAGACACGAUACUGCUCAUGGAUAUGAAUUACCAUCUAUUGGUGUAUUAAGAAUAGCUAUAAAUAUAUUACUAGUUUGGCUACAUGAACAAUAUUGGGCAAUUGAAGCCAAAAGAAUGGAAGAGUAUUUAAUUAAUGAAGAAUCUGUAAAGGAAAUCCAAGAAACCGAAGAAGUACAAGAUUUUGAUGAUCUAAUUGAACUUUGGACUUCUGUAAGUUUAUAUAUUCAUGCUGGAUAUCAUCUAGUGUCAAAUGUUCCAGAUCUUCAAUUGAAGGAAACGUUACAAGAUCUGCGUUCGUAUGCUAUCUCUUUAUUAAAAGAGAAUAGUAAAGAUAUGGAAAAUGAUAAUUACAUAGAGGCUGUCAAUGAUGACAUAAAAAAAGAUAAAAAAUACACCUUAGAAACUGCAAGAAUUGUUCUUUUAUCUGAAAUAUCUAGAUUUCUUAACAAAAAAUCUAUACCUAGUAAAAAAGAUAUAGUCUGUAAUACAUUACUCAGUUCAGAAGUUUUUUUACCAAGUAAAGAUAUGUUAGCAAUUUUUAGUACGAAUACUGAAAAUGAAUUGGAGAAAAAUGUUUUGCCAUUAGACAUGGUCGAAUUUUGGAAAGAUAUAAUAUUUUUAUUAUGUGAAAAAGAUUUGAUGGAAGUAUUAAUUGUAAAAUUACUUGAAUUAAUAAACAAUAACAAAGUAAAUAAAGAAAAAAAAUUAUUAUCUUCUUUAUGGAUAAGUUCUAUAUUGUAUAGUUUUCUGAAAUUAGAUAUUGCACAUGGUACAGGUCGAAUUUUAGAAUAUCAUUUAGAAAAAAUGCAAAAAAAAUUACCACCAAAAGUUUUUGAACUUAAAAUCAAAGAGAAAGUAGAUCAUAUUUAUCCACAUUUAAAAUGUGUAUUAUGGUUUAAUUUAUCAGAUACAGUACUACCAUGUUUAACUGACAUAAAAUUUAUUUCAAAGCUCAUAUUAAAUAUCAAUGAAUUUUCGCUCAAAUUUAUUGUACCUAUUUUGGAAUUACUAAGUCCAAAAAUAAAUAAUGAAAGUAAACAGUUAUUGUUGAAUUUAAUGAAUGUUUCUAUAAUGGUACCAUUUGAUAAAAAUGAUAUAAAUUCCAUCGAGUGCGAAAAGAUUUUUACCCUAAGUGAUCUUAAAGAUAAUGAAUAUUUGGUAGACACAAAUAAUGAACAAAAUAAAGUGGAAGAUAAAAUACUUCGUUUUUUAGCUGAUCAAAAAAUUCGAAAUAAUUAUUGGAACUUCGCAAUUGCAACUUAUAAUUGGGCAGAAUGUCCAAUUGGUUUACUUCCAUGGCAAAAUGAUGCACUGGAAUUUAUAAAUCCACUCAACAUGGUAGUAGAGAAAUACGAUGUUUCAGUUUUAGAUUCUGAAAUCGUUCCUGGAAUUAUAGAUAUGAAAAAUGUAAAAAUACACGGUCGAAUUAAUUGGAACAAUGUUCUGAGAAAAAAGAAACGUGUAAAACGAAAACAGAAUCGAAGAAAUAUAAAUAUUAUAAUGAAUAAAGCAUUGGAAACUGUUAAAAAACAAAAAUAG